AUGACGAACGGGAACGGCGGCGCCGGCGGCACCCGUGGGAAGGCCAUCAAAUGCAAAGCGGCGGUGGCGUGGGGUCCCCGAGUGCCGCUGUCGCUGGAGGAGGUGGAGGUGGCGCCGCCUGGGCCUCUGGAGGUCCGCGUCAAGGUGCUCUUGACCUCCAUCUGCCACACCGACCUCAGCGCCUGGAAAGGAGAGAACAAGGUGCACCGCAAGUACCCUCGCAUCUUGGGACAUGAGGCAGCCGGAGUGGUGGAGAGCGUGGGCGAAGGAGUAGAAGGUUUGGCCCCUGGAGACCACGUAGUUCCGAUCUUCACCGGGGAGUGCGAAAAAUGCGUCUAUUGCAAGUCCGACAAGACAAACCUCUGCGGAACCUACCGUGUGGAUCCUUUCAAGACUACCAUGGUCCAUGACAAUGGCACGAGGUUCUCCGUGGUGGACCGGCAGUCAGGCGUGCGGCAGCCGGUGUUCCACUUCCUCAAUACCUCCACCUUCACCGAGUACACCGUGCUUGACGCGGCCUGCGCAGUCAAGAUCAGCCCCAAGGCCCCGCUGGAGAAGAUGUGCCUCCUCAGCUGCGGCAUCACCACAGGAGUGGGAGCUGCGUGGAACAGUGCAGACGUUUCUGCUGGAUCAACUGUUGCAGUGUUUGGACUGGGCGUUGUUGGUCUUGCUGUUGCUGAGGGUGCCAGGCUACGAGGGGCAGCUCGGAUCAUCGGCGUUGAUGUAAACCCUGCAAAGUUCACCAAAGGUAAAGAGAUGGGUGUCACUGACUUCGUCGACUCUAAGGCUUGUGACAAGCCAGUCCAUGAGGUGAUCAGCGAGAUGACGGAUGGAGGUGUAGACUACAGCUUUGAGUGUACCGGGAUCAAUGAUGUGCUGCGAGAGGCCUUCCUGUCCACGCAUGAUGGUUGGGGCCUGACGGUGAUGCUAGGGAUCCAUUCAACGCCCAAGAUGGUGCCGCUGCACCCGAUGGAGCUCUACGGCCGUCGGAUCAUCGGCUGCGUCUUCGGCGACUUCAAGGGCAAGUCCCAGCUGCCCGACUUCGUCGACAAGUGCGUCAACGGGGAGGUCAAUAUAAACUUCGAUGGGUUCAUAACACACAAGAUGCCAUUCUCGGACAUCAACAAAGCUUUCCAGUUACUGGAGGAAGGCAAGUCGCUGAGGUGCCUGCUCAAUCUCUGA